GCUAGCACCGCCUCCGACGGCGGCGCGCACAGUGGGUGAGCAGCGCCGUGCGCUUUCCGCGCCAGUCGCCCGGCCUCGGCGGGCAUGGUGCAGCCGCCGGCGGGUUGGCAUGGCGACUUGGAAACGGGACAGCCGGCUGACCGCGCUGCAGCGCCUGGGCUGCGCCGGAGUGGCCGGGGCGAUGAGCCUCAGCGUGACGGCGCCGCUGGAGGUGCUCACAGUCCUGGCCCAAGUAGGCACUCACCACUCCCGAGGAGGGCUCGGGCAGACGGGGCGCAGCCUGUGCCGGGCGGAAGGGAUCGGGGCGCUUUGGAAGGGCAACCUCACUGCCUGCUUCCGUCUCUUUCCCUACAGCGUCCUGCAACUCGCCUCCUACCGCAGGUUUGUCAUGCUGUUUGUGGAUGACUUGGGCCAUAUCUCCCAGUGGAGCUCGAUCAUGGCAGGUAGCCUCGCUGGCAUGGUGGCAGCUGUUGCAACUUACCCAACCGAGGUCAUAAAAACACGGCUCAUUGUGCAGGACCGAUUGAAGCCUUCCUACAAAGGAAUUCUUCAUGCUCUGUAUCUGAUUUACCAUCAGGAAGGAGCUGUUGCACUUUAUCGUGGAGUUUCUCUGUCUAUAUUAGGGGCUAUCCCAUUUUCCAUUGGCUCCUUCCUUGUUUACACCCAUCUGGAUAAAAUCUGGGGUGAGCCCAGCCUCCGCUUCACUCCAAUGCAAAGCUUCAUCAACGGUUGUUUGGCAGCUGGCGUUGCACAGACCCUUUCUUUCCCCUUUGAAACAGUCAAGAGGAAAAUGCAGGCCCAGAGUCCUUGCCUCCCUCAGUGUGGAGGUGUAGAUGUCCAUUUUGCUGGCUUGGUAGACUGUUUUAAGCAGACGGUGAAGACUAAGGGAGUGCUUGCCCUUUGGAACGGACUCACUGCCAACUUGCUCAGGGUUGUCCCUUAUUUUGGGGUUAUGUUCAGCACUUUUGAAUUCUGCAAGCGGGUUUGCCUGUAUCAAAAUGGUUACAUUGAUUCGCCUUUAAGCUACAAGCUAACACCAGGUGUGGACCAGAGUUUACAACCCCGAGAGCUGCAAGAAUUAAAGCUUCUUGGAAGAAGAAACGUUUAAGUCCAGAAAAGCAUUCUCUGGAACUUUGGCUGAGGCAAAAUGGACGCUGGUUUAUGACCAGUCUUCAGUGGGGAGCAGAAAGGAAGAUCCUGCUACUGAAUUAAUGACACUGGCUUAAAACCACUUCUUUUUGUAAAACUAGACAACUGGUUCCACAACCAGUGAUCCAGCUGCUCAACAAUCCAGAUGCUGCUCAACAGCCACAAAUCAUGGCCUGCCAGGAGCUGGGCUCACUCCCGCUUCUGUCCUUACAGUCCCAACUAGGAGGCUAAAAUGAAGGGUUGUAAAUCUCUGACUGGCAAUAGUAUGUGGCUGCUGGCCUGUAUUCAGUUGCAUAGAGUAUGCAGAUCAUUGUGCAUAUUGUGUACCUGUUGUCAUAAAAGGUGCAUCAGUCUUACCUGAAGAAAAAGCCAGGUCUAAAGGUUGUUUCUAGAAACAUUAGAACAGGAAAUCAAGUAUUUAUUACCUUGCCUUGAAAAUAAAACUGUUAAUUAAAAAAUGUUAUUUAAAAAAAAAAGCACACACAAAGGAUAACAAAAAACAAAACCUGCAAAUGUGUUUGGAACUUCCUAUCUCUGAGAACAUCGUGUCCAAAUUAAAAACAAUUUUACAAAUGUUGAUUUUUAAAGGCUGAAUACGUUUGUUUUUUUUGGGGGGGGAUGCUGUAAUUUUAAAUGCAUUGCAAAGAGCAGGAAACUUGCUUGUUGCAGCUUUCUGGAUUUUAAAUUUAGGACUUUCAAAAUGAGAGACUGUGCAUUUUCAAUUAAAAUACUGAAAUGUACAAUAAAAGAAUUCCAUUUCCCUCUGGUGUGUGCAACAUUUGUGCACAUGUAUCCAUGAUUCAGUAUAAAGAAAAAAUGUAACUUUGUAUACUUCUAUCAUUCAGUUUGUGAGUAUGUGUAAUGUUGUCAACAAAUGCACUUCCAGUCCUUGUAAUACAUUUUGCAUUUUAUUUUGGUAUUAAAUG